UAUUGCUUGAACUUGAAGAAAAUGAGGCCCAUAUUUUGCGGUAACCUAGAUUAUGAUGCACGCCAAUCUGAUGUUGAGCGACUUUUUAAAAGAUAUGGCAGAGUCGAAAGAGUUGAUAUGAAAUCUGGAUUACUUGGAAUAUCCAUGUACUUCUUGGAUGGAUGUGCUGUCCUGCAUUUCUUUUCUUCCCUGCGCUACGCUUCAUCUUCUUGUGUUUUUAAGGAGACCCAACAUAAUUUGCAAUGGCACCAAUCAUAUGAUUCCUUGAGACACUAUUGCCCUUUCACUUUUCCCGGAAUCCCUUCAGUCCUCAAUUUUCAACAUCUUUCUCUCUAGAGAUCUCAACUAUCUCACAUCCAAAGACAGGAUAUGCCUUUGUCUACAUGGAGGAUGAGAGAGAUGCAGAUGAUGCAGUUCGAAGGCUUGAUAGAAUAGAAUUUGGCAGAAAGGGACGCCGACUUCGUGUUGAAUGGAGUAAGGAUGAUAAUGGUGGUAGAAGGGGUGGUGGUUCCAGAAGAUCCGCAGCUAGCACGAGACCAUCGAAGACCCUGUUUGUCAUUAAUUUUGAUCCAAUACAUACUAGGCCCAGGGAUUUGGAGAGGCAUUUUGAUCCAUAUGGAAAGAUAGCAAAUAUAAGGAUCAGAAGGAAUUUCGCAUUUGUCCAAUAUGAGACACAGGAGGAUGCUACAAGGGCCUUGGAUGCGACAAAUAUGAGCAAAUUGAUGGAUCGAGUAAUCACAGUGGAAUAUGCAAUUAAGGAUGAUGAUGAGAGAGGGAAUGGUUACAGUCCUGAUAGAAGGGAUCGUGAUGCGUCUCCUCGUGGAAGGGGACGUGGGAGAUCACCAAGUCCAUAUCGUCGAGAUAGGGGUAGCCCUGAUUAUGGGCGUGGUGCCGUUUCAAAUUCUAGAGAUGACCCCCGAGGGAGUCCCACAUACGACAGAGCUGAAAGCCCUGUAAAUGAGAGAUAUCACAGCCGUUCACCUCCACCUCGUGAAAGAUCUCGUUCUUGAGAAAGCGCAGCAAAGAAGUUAUGGCAGGUGAUGGUGAGGCUUAGGAUAUUUAUUGUCUGGCGCAGGGUCACUUCUGGAGCUCUGUUAAGGACCUUUUAUGUGUACGUUUUGGGUUCUCUUUUAGCUUUAAUAGGCUUUGGAUUCAUAAGGUAGAUGUUCGUUUAAUCAUGUCUGAUGUACGGUGGAACUUUGAAUGAUUGCCGAUGUUAACAUGCAAUAUUUUUUUAACCUGAACACCUUGUAGUACUGUGCUUUGGUAUGAAUUUGCAAAUUUUCCGGUUUCCCGCUG